GUUCUAUGUACUUCUGUAUCCAAAAAAUUGUACUGAAAAGUUGACGUUGAAAAAAAAAUUGCCUCUUACUAACCACCCCACCUCCACCCCGAAAUAGGAUUUUCGAGUUGGGGAAAUUUUCCUUUGGUUUGUCAACCUCUCCCUUUCAAACACGUGACUGAAAGAUCUUGGGGGCAUUUUAUUAAAUUUAUUUCACCACACGUACCCCCCAACUGAUUCCUUCUCCAUAACUUUUGAUUGGUUAGAGCUAUGUCUUUCAUAUCUUACAUGUAUAUUAAUUGUCCCAAGACCUUUAUAUUUGACUUGUUGUCUUAAUUAAUUGUAUAGAUGCUGGUGACUUUGAGAUAUUUGGCCAAAGGUGACUUCCAAUCGGAGUGCGGCGACCUACACGGGAUUUCCCAACCCAAGGUGUCGAGAGUUAUAUCCCGAGUUGUGUCAGCCCUUGACCUGCGACUGCAAAAUAUUAAUUUUCCAACAUCAGAACAAGAUAUCAUAAAAACCAAAACGCAGUUCUACAACCUUGCAAACUUCCCUGGGGUGAUCGGCGCUGUAGAUGGAACAUUGAUUCCUAUCCUUGCUCCAAAGGACGACGAAUACGUAUACGUAUGUCGUAAAGGAUACCACGCCUUAAAUGUUCAGGGCGUGGUUGACUCAUCUUUAAGAUUCACCAAUAUGGUGUGUAAAUGGCCAGGAUCUGUUCAUGACAGCUUCAUAUUCAACAAUAGCAAGUUGCGGGAGGUUUUGGAGGGGCUACCCAACUGCUGGCUGGUUGGCGAUUCCGGAUAUCCCUUAAAGGCAUGCUUAAUGACUCCAAAGCUGCACCCACAAACAGAGGCAGAGGAGCGCUACAAUAAGGCCCAUGGACAGACGAGGGUCGUGGUAGAAAGGGCCUUUGGCGUCCUCAAAUCGCGUUUCAGAUGCUUGCACAAAACUGGAGGAUGUUUGCCAUUCAGCCCUGAAAAGUGUAUUAAAGUGAUUAGUGUUGCAAUGAAAUUGCACAACGUGUGCAUCGAUAGAAAAGUUCCUUUGGUAGCACCAGGGGGUGAUGGAGUUGAGAUAAAUUCUGAGGAGGACACUGUCUAUCUGGGACAAGAUCGUGAUGGUACACUGCAACGUGAAAGACUCGUUCAGCUUUUCAUUUAGUGGUGAAAAUUAUACAAAUGUUCAGUAGUACCCGUAAGUGUUCUCAUGUCCAGUGUAAAAAAGAAAGGUAUAUAUACAGGUAUCAUAAUCCUUAAACAUUAUGUGGCAAACUUUUGAGAAAAAAUGACAAGAUAAGCUCUUACUCAAAAUUUUGAAUAAAUUUAUCUAUAUACA